AUGGCCAGUCCAGCUAUGGUCGUGCCAAACUGCAGUAACAACAACAACUGGUUCAACUCUGGCAACAACAAUAACAACAGCAACAGCGGCAACAACAACAAUUGGUUCAACUGCAGCAACUCUAACAACACCUCGUUCAACAGAAACUGCACCAACAACAACAAUUGGUUCAACUGCGGCAACAACAACAACAACUGGUUCAACAACAACGGCUUCAACAACAACAGUGGCUUCAACUACACCUGUGAACACUACAAUGAUCACUACCCCUACAAACGCAACCACAGAAAAUCUUACAAGCACCACACCUGUAACAAAUACAACUACUGCGUCUACAACAGCUUCAACUACACCUGUGAACACUACAACACCAAUGAUCACUACCCCUACAAAUGCAACCACAGAAAAUCUUACAAGCACCACACCUGUAACAAAUACAACUACUGCGUCUACAACAGCUUCAACUACACCUGUGAACGCUACAACACCAAUGAUCACUACCCCUACAAACGCAACCACAGAAAAUCUUACAAACACCACACCUGUAACAAAUACAACUACUGCGUCUACAACAGCUUCAGCUACACCUGUGAACGCUACAACACCAAUGAUCACUACCCCUACAAACGCAACCACAGAAAAUCUUACAAACACCACACCUGUAACAAAUACAACUACUGCGUCUACAACAGCUUCAGCUACACCUGUGAACGCUACAACACCAAUGAUCACUACCCCUACAAACGCAACCACAGAAAAUCUUACAAACACCACACCUGUAACAAAUACAACUACUGUGUCUACAACAGCUUCAACUACACCUGUGAACGCUACAACACCAAUGAUCACUACCCCUACAAACGCAACCACAGAAAAUCUUACAAACACCACACCUGUAACAAAUACAACUACUGUGUCUACAACAGCUUCAGCUACACCUGUGAACGCUACAACACCAAUGAUCACUACCCCUACAAACGCAACCACAGCAAAUCUUACAAGCACCACACCUGUAACAAAUACAACUACUGCGUCUACAACAGCUUCAACUACACCUGUGAACGCUACAACACCAAUGAUCACUACCCCUACAAACGGAACCACAGAAAAUCUUACAAACACCACACCUGUAACAAAUACAACUACUGCGUCUACAACAGCUUCAACUACACCUGUGAACGCUACAACACCAAUAAUCACUACCCCUACAAAUGCAACCACAGAAAAUCUUACAAGCACCACACCUGUAACAAAUACAACUACAGUGUCUACAACAGCUUCAACUACACCUGUGAACGCUACAACACCAAUGAUCACUACCCCUACAAACGCAACCACAGAAAAUCUUACAAGCACCACACCUGUAACAAAUACAACUACUGUGUCUACAACAGCUUCAACUACACCUGUGAACGCUACAACACCAAUGAUCACUACCCCUACAAAUGCAACCACAGCAAAUCUUACAAGCACCACACCUGUAACAAAUACAACUACUGUGUCUACAACAGCUUCAACUACACCUGUGAACGCUACAACACCAAUGAUCACUACCCCUACAAACGCAACCACAGCAAAUCUUACAAGCACCACACCUGUAACAAAUACAACUACUGUGUCUACAACAGCUUCAACUACACCUGUGAAUGCUACAACACCAAUGAUCACUACCCUUACAAACGCAUCCACAGCAAAUCUUACAAGCACCACACCUGUAACAAAUACAACUACUGUGUCUACAACAGCUUCAACUACACCUGUGAACACUACAACACCAAUGAUCACUACCCCUACAAACGCAACCACAGCAAAUCUUACAAGCACCACACCUGUAACAAAUACAACUACUGUGUCUACAACAGCUUCAACUACACCUGUGAACACUACAACACCAAUGAUCACUACUCCUACAAAUGCAACCACAGCAAAUCUUACAAGCACCACACCUGUAACAAAUACAACUACUGUGUCUACAACAGCUUCAACUACACCUGUGAACACUACAACACCAAUGAUCACUACCCCUACAAACGCAACCACAGCAAAUCUUACAAGCACCACACCUGUAACAAAUACAACUACUGUGUCUACAACAGCUUCAACUACACCUGUGAACGCUACAACACCAAUGAUCACUACCCCUACAAACGCAACCACAGCAAAUCUUACAAGCACCACACCUGUAACAAAUACAACUACUGUGUCUACAACAGCUUCAACUACACCUGUGAACGCUACAACACCAAUGAUCACUACCCCUACAAACGCAACCACAGCAAAUCUUACAAGCACCACACCUGUAACAAAUACAACUACUGCAUCCACAACAGCUUCAACUACAACUGUGAACGCUACAACACCAAUGAUCACUACUCCUACAAACGCAACCACAGCAAAUCUUACAAGCACCACACCUGUAACAAAUACAACUACAGCUUCAACUACAACUGUUGAGGCUGUUACAACAAAGCAGUUGCAGUUCAGAGAUGUUGUAGCGAUAUUUACAACUGACUUGCUGAACUCAUCAUCUUCAGCGUUCACACAAAGAGCCACACUGAUAGUGUUAACACUUGAACCUAUCUACAAGACAACAUUUCCUUCAUUCCGCUCAAUGAACGUGACUGGAUUCAG